AUGGUGAAGGGCGGAGUCAACGGAUUUGGCUGUUGGGUGCCUGGUCACCAGGGCUGCUUUAACUCUGGCAAAGUGGUUAUUGUUGCCAUCAAUGACCCCUUCACUGACCUCAACCACAUGGUUUACAUGUUCCAGUAUGAUUCCACUCAUGGCAAAUUCCAUGGCACAGUCAAGGCUGAGAACGGGAAACUUGUCAUCAGUGGAAAGCCCAUCUCCGCCUUCCAGAAGCGAGAUCUCACCAACAUCAAAUGGGGUGACGCUGGUGCUGAGUAUGUUGUGGAGUCCACUGAGCUCUUCACUACCAUGGACAAGGCUGGGGUUCAUGUGAAGGGUGGGGCCGAGAGGAUCAUCACCUCUGCCCCUUCUGCCGAUGCUCCCAUGUUUGUGAUGGGUGCGAAUCCUGAGAAGUAUGACAACUCCCUUGAGAUUGUCAGCAAUGCCUCCUGCAUCACCAACUGCUCGGCCCCUCUGGCCAAGGUCACCCAUGACAACUUUGGCAUCAUGGAGGGACUGAUGAUCACAGUUCAUAGCAUCCCUGCCACCCGGAAGACCAUGGAUGGCCCCUCUGGGAAUCUGUGGAAUGACGGCCGAGGGGCUGCACAGAACAUCAUCCCUGCUUCUACUGGUGCUACCAAGACUGUAGGAAAGGUUGUCCCUGAGCUGAAUGGAAAGCUCACAGGCAUGGCCUUCCAUGUCCCUACUCUCAACAUGUCAGUUGUGGAUUUGACCUGCCGCCUGGAGAAAGCUUCCAAGUAGGUGGGGAAGCAGGCAUUGAAGGGCCCCCUCAAGGGCAUCCUGGGCUACCCUGAGGACCAGCUUCCCUCCUGCUACUUUAACAUUGACACGCACUCUUCUACCAUCGAUGCUGGGGCUGGCAUUGCUCUCAAUGACCGCUUUGUCAAGUUCAUUUCCUGGUAUGGCAGUGAAGUUGGCCAUAGCAACCAGGUAGUGGACCUUAUGGCUCACAUGACCUCCAAAGACUAA